AUGGCCGACAAUAGUAACACGUUUAUUGAGUGGUUUAAAGAAAGAAAUGUUAGCGUAGAUUUAUUGGAAGCUUUAAUAAAUGCUUCUCAAAAUCAAGUUGCAAUCACGAAUGAAGAAGUAAUUAAUGAAAUAGACGAAAACGAAGAGAAUGAAAACGAUAAUUUUAUUUCUACUGAAUUCAAUAUAGAUCAUUUUAUAGAAGCUGUUCGUGAGCUUCCAAGCUUGUGGGAUGUGAAUCACCCCACAUACAAAGACAGAUUGGUUAAGGUAAACGCUUGGAAAAAACUUGCAUUAAUAUUUUGUAAAGAAGAGGACUUACUUCAGAAAAAGUUAAAAAAUCUAAAAGAUACACUAAGAAAAUGUUUAGAUAAACGUAACCGUAUGACCAGAUCAGGAGCAGCAGCCUCAAACUUACCAAAAUGUAAGUUUUUUGAUCAAAUGACAUUUUUGCAUGAAAAAAGUGCAAACAAACCAACAGAAUCUAAUGUUGAUAUUGUCCCAGAUGUUGCUUCACCAUCAUCGUUUCACUCACAAUGUAGUUUUACAAAAUCAAGUCCAAGUACCAGUAGUUUUAGCAGUGAAUUAAUUCUAACUGAAAAUCGAAAAAGAUUAAGCCAUACCAGAUCACCUAUUCAAAAGAAGGCACGAAUCAAAAAUCAAAAUGAUGAGUCAUUGUCACAAUUGUCACAAUCAUUAGUAGAGUGUGACAAGAUAUUAAAAAAGUCAAUGGAAGAUGGUGAGGAAGAUGAAACUACCCUAUUUUGUAGAAGCCUUAUUCCUAUUAUGAAAGAACUUCCAAUAAAAGAAAAUAGACGGGCUAUGAUAAAGAUAAAAACACUACUUUUCAACAUGAAAUAA